AUGGCCGACCCUACCGAUUCGGCCGCCGUCUUUGGUGAGCACGAGGUCACUGCACAGUUCAGCUUCCCAACCGAGGAAGAAAAGGUCAUCCGAUACUGGCGAGCCAUCGACGCAUUCAAAACGUCGCUCAAGCAGAGCGAGGGCAGGAAACCCUUCAGCUUCUACGACGGCCCUCCCUUUGCCACUGGUCUGCCACACUACGGCCAUCUUCUUGCAGGUACCGUAAAGGACAUCGUCACAAGACACGCACACUCCACCGGUCACUAUGUCGACCGUCGCUUCGGUUGGGACUGCCACGGCCUUCCCGUCGAGCACGAGAUCGACAAGCGCCUCAACAUCAAGGGCAAGGAGGACGUCAUGGCCAUGGGUGUCGACAAGUACAACGCCGAGUGCAGAGCCAUCGUCAUGACCUACCAGUCAGAAUGGAAGCACACCGUCGAACGCAUGGGCAGAUGGAUCGACUUUGACAACGGCUACAAGACCAUGGACAUCAACUUUAUGGAGACCGUCUGGUGGGUGUUCAAGACGCUCCACCAGAAAGGUCUCGUCUACCAAGGCAUCCGCGUCAUGCCUUACUCCACCGCAUGCACCACCCCGCUCUCCAAUUUCGAAGCCGGUCUCGACUACCGCGAGGUGCAAGACCCUGCCGUCACCGUCAGCUUCCCGCUCGUAGAUGACCCCAAGACCGCCUUCCUCGCAUGGACCACCACACCGUGGACGCUCCCCUCCAACUUGGGUCUCUGCGUCCAUCCCGACUUCAACUACAUCAAGAUCCACGAUGACGAGCGCGACAUGAACUUUAUCAUCCACGAGAACCUCCUCACCACCCUCUACAAGGAUCCCAAGAAGGCCAAGUUCCAAAAGUUGGAAACUUUCAAGGGCAAGGAUCUCGUCGGCAAGCAGUACGAGCCCAUCUUCCCCUACUUCCAAGAGCGCUUCAAGGACCGCGCCUUCCGCGUCCUUUCCGACACCUACGUCACCUCGGAUGCUGGUACCGGUAUCGUCCACCAGGCUCCCGCAUUCGGUGACGACGAUCACCGCGUCGCCAUCGCCCACGGUGUCAUCACCCGCGACGAGACUCCACCCAACCCAGUCGACGGCUCGGGCCGAUACACAGCCGAGGUCCCCGACUAUCAGGGCGUUCACGUCAAGGAGGCCGACAAGGCCAUUCAAAAGGACCUCAAGGCGCGCGGCCGCCUCAUCGUGCAGGCGACCUUGAGCCAUCAGUACCCCUUCUGCUGGCGUUCUGGUACGCCGCUCAUCUACAAAGCCAUCCCCUCCUGGUUCGUCCGCGUCGAGCCCGCCAUCGAAAAGCUCGUCAAGAACAACAACGCCACCCGUUGGGUGCCUGCCAACGUCGGCGAGGGCCGUUUCGGCAACUGGAUCGCCAACGCACGCGACUGGAACAUCUCCCGAAACCGAUACUGGGGCACGCCCAUCCCAUUGUGGGCCAGCGAAGAUAUGGAGGAGAUCGUCUGUGUCGGUUCCGUCGAAGAACUCGAAAAGCUUUCCGGCGUCACUGGCAUCAACGACCUCCACAAGGACAAGAUCGACCACAUCACCAUCCCUUCGCAGCAGGGCAAAGGCCAGCUCAAGCGUGUCGAAGAGGUGUUCGACUGCUGGUUCGAGUCCGGAUCCAUGCCGUAUGCACAGGCUCACUACCCCUUCGAGAACAAGGAAAAGUUCGAAAAGUCGUUCCCCGCCGACUUUAUCUCGGAAGGUCUCGACCAGACCCGAGGUUGGUUCUACACGCUGCUCAUCUUGGCCACCCACCUCUUCGACACGGCACCGUGGAAGAACCUCAUCGUCAGCGGCCUCGUUCUGGCCGCCGACGGUAAGAAGAUGAGCAAGUCGCUGCGCAACUACCCGGACCCGAAUCUGCUCAUCAACCAGUACGGUGCCGAUGCCAUCCGCCUCUACCUCAUCAACUCGCCCGUCGUGCGAGCCGAGAAUCUGAGGUUCAAAGAGGAAGGCGUCAAGGAGGUCGUCGCUUCCACCUUCCUGCCCUGGCUCAACUCGUUCCGCUUCUUCCUCGGAUCCGUCAGCCUGCUCGAGAAGGACCACGGCAUCAAGUUUGUCUACGCCAGCAAAGCGGCCAAAUCCACCAACGUCAUGGACCGAUGGAUCCUCGCACGCUGCCAGUCGCUCAUCAAGCUCAUCACCGAAGAGAUGGCGGCGUACCGCCUCUUCACGGUGGUUCCUCGUCUGGGCGAGCUCAUCGACGAACUCACCAACUGGUACAUUCGCUUCAACCGUCGUCGUUUGAAGGGCGAGAGCGGCGUUGAGGACACGCAGGCUGCCCUCAACUCGUUGUUCGAGACGCUUUUCACGCUGUGCCGCACGCUGUCGUCGUUCACACCGUUCCUGACUGAGAACCUGUACCAAGGGUUGCGCAAGUUUUUGCCGCCACAGGCUGCGGAGGACGAGCAGGACUACAGGAGUAUCCACUUUUUGUCGUUCCCCGAGGUGAACGAGUCGUACUUUGACCCGGUCAUCCAGCGUCAGUUCAAGGCGCUCCAGUCGGUGGUGGAGCUGGGACGUGUGAUCCGUGUCAACUCGAAUUUGCCCAUCCGCGUGCCGCUCAAGGAGCUCGUUGUGUUCCACACCGACUCGGAGUACCUCAAGGACGUCGAAUCGCUCGGCGACUACAUCAAGGAGGAGCUCAACGUGCGCGAUCUCACGCUCACAUCCGACGAGGCGAAAUGCGGUGUUCGAUUCAAGCUCUUCGCCGACUGGCCUGUUCUCGGACGCAAACUGCGCAAGGACGUCGGAAAAGUUCGCAAGGGUUUGGAGAGCGUCACCUCGGACGAUGCGAAAUCGUACCGCGAAACGGGCAAGCUGACGGUGGCCGGCGUGGAUCUCGUCGAAGGCGAUCUGCGUGUCAUCCGCUACGUCGAGACCAAAGACGUGGCCGGAUCGUUUGAGAGCAACACCGACGGCAACGUCGUAGUGCUGUUGGACGUUCAACAGCGAGCCGAGCUGGUGGCCGAGGGAACGGCGAGGGAGGUGGUGAACCGUAUCCAGCGGUUGAGGAAGAAGGCUGGAUUGGUGGCGACCGACGAGGUGGAUGCAUUCUACGAGUUUGAGACCGGUAUGGGUAAGGCGCUGGUCGAGUGCUUUGAGAGUCAGAGCGAGACGUUUGUAAAGGCGUUGAGGAGGAUGCCGUUGCCGGCGAGCGAGAAGAAGCAGGGAGCCAAGGUGAUUAUGGAGGAGGAGCAGGAGGUUGGGGAGGACAAGUUCAGGUUGACGCUGGCUUGGGCGUGA